AUGAUGCUCCAAGAUUCCUCAAAUUUAAAGAAGACUGUGGUCGAUAGACUGUCAAAAGCGAAAAGAACGCUUGUGCACGUAGGGAGAAAGACUGUAAAGGCCACGGGGUGGGCCAUUUGGGUCGUCGGAACUGCAGCGGUUACGCUCGUAGGACCAGUUAUAUUUCACUACGACAAGGAGUGCCACAUUCUCGAUCUUCAGCACCAAAUAUUACAGGCACAACAAUCUGCUUCCGUGCCAGUUCUUAACUAG